GCAGACGUUUGAAGCAACGAGCAACAAACCACUCCUAAAUUAACCGCGGUCACUAAAACAAGGAUUAUCUCCUUCUGGGGAGAUUAAAUAGUAUGGUCGACAAAGUUUGAACUGGAUUAAUAGCUCUAUAUUUUGCUGUUCACAAGUCGAUUUAGCCUACUUUUCUCCUCAUCGCGUGUGGAUUUUAAAGUGGACUUCUGGUGAAUGCGGUGAAUGUCUCAGUCUUCCUUCCACCUCUAGGUGAAUCAUUUCUGUUGUCCUUCGACGUCCAACACAUUCCAGCUGAAACAAUGCCGUUCCCUUUUGGGAAGUCUCAGAAGAGCCCUGCAGAGAUUGUGAAGAGUCUGAAGGAGAAUGUGGCAAACUUGGAGAAGCUGGAAUCAUCUGAAAGCAAGAAAUGUGAAAAGGUUGCAGAGGAAGUAUCAAAAAAUCUUGCGUCGUUGAAAGAGGUGCUGUGUGGCACUGGAGACAAAGAGCCUCAGACUGAGGCAGUGGCUCAACUGGCUCAAGAGCUCUACAACACCAACCUCCUCAUUUCCCUCAUAGCAAACCUACAGAGGAUUGAUUUUGAGGGAAAGAAGGAUGUGGUGCAUCUGUUUAGCAACAUAGUGCGUCGCCAGAUUGGCGCUCGCACCCCGACUGUGGAGUACAUCUCUUCCCACUCACAGAUUCUCUUUAUGCUGCUGAAAGGCUAUGAAAACCUAGAAGUGGCCCUUAACUGUGGCUUGAUGUUGAGGGAAUGUCUGCGUCAUGAGCCUCUGGCCCGGAUCGUUCUGUUCUCUGAGGAGUUCUAUUGCUUCUUUCGUUAUGUGGAGCUAUCUACUUUUGACAUUGCCUCUGAUGCUUUCGCCUCUUUUAAGGAUCUGCUGACAAGACACAAGAUCAUGUGUGCCGAUUUCUUGGAGUCUAAUUACGACAGAGUUUUCACAGAGUAUGAAAGACUGCUGCAUUCUGACAACUAUGUCACCAAGCGCCAGUCUCUGAAGCUCUUAGGAGAACUAUUACUGGACAGACACAACUUCACAGUCAUGACCAAAUACAUCAGUCGAGCUGAGAACCUAAAGCUGAUGAUGAACAUGUUGAGAGACAACAGCCGCAACAUCCAAUUUGAAGCCUUCCAUGUCUUUAAGGUGUUUGUGGCUAACCCCAGCAAGACACAGCCUGUGCUGGACAUCCUCCUCAAGAAUCAAUCCAAGCUGGUGGAAUUCCUGAACCACUUUCAAAUGGACCGUUCUGAAGACGAGCAGUUCUGCGAUGAGAAGAACUAUCUCAUUAAGCAGAUACGGGACCUCAAACGGCCUGCACCGGCAGAGGAGUCCUAAUAGUAAAAUGUGGAGUGUAGAACCGGGGAGCUCGGCUAGUGAAGUGGUUUGAUUAUGUGGGUGAGAAUUGGAUGGGAGAGGGAAAAAAAGUCUGAGUGAGAAAGCCUGGCAUCACUCGGAAUAAAUCUCUUUACAUCCAACUUCUGAAACAACUAGAGAAAUGCUGUCAGGAUGUGCAAACACAUGUCUGUCCCUUUACUCGAGCAGGUUUUUGCUGCAGGAGGUGCAAGUGGAACCCAAGCACUCUAUUUAAACCUAUGUAUGUUUUUAGCACUGCCCUUAAAAAGGAAGUAAAGUUGAUUUACAUUUAGACGGUAAAUCUUAGAUUGAAAAAUUUAUCCAAAUUAAUCCGAAUGAAAAGUAUAUUGAAAGCCUGAUCUGGCCUUUUUAAUAUUUUUAAAAGUAAUAACAAAAUUAUAUUGGAACAGGUAUGGCUCUGCAUAUUUGCACUUAAUCUGGUAGCUUUGCUUUAGGUAGGCCUUAAGUGCCAGUUUAUAAACCAAAUAUUAAUAAACACGUUAAAAAAUUUAAAAUUAUGCAUCACAAAUACAGGACAUUCUCACAUUUAAACUAGCUGGGGGACAUUGAAGCAUUUUUAUGUCAUGUGGUCAAGUGAAAUGUUAUGAAAAAGUAGCCCAUAGAGUUUAGUGGACAUGUUGGACGCUGCUCUCAAUUUCUAUUUUAACUGGGUGCCUUAUUUAAGUAGCUUUGUUAUUCUGGGUCUUCUAUUACAUUAAUAUUUAUCUAUAACAUUGGAUUUAUAGUAUUAUUCUGCUUUUGCUUGGGUUAACACCUUAGGAGAACAAAACCUAUAUAAUUAUUAAAAAAAAAAUACUCAUUUAAAGUUUUCUCAGUUUAGAUGAACCAUGCAAUGAAUUCAUUGUUCAUAGAUGUAAGUAAUAGUGAAAUAUAUGGUACACGAUUACAGUGCAAGACAUGAUAACCUCCACAUACACACUGUAACUCUGAAGGGUUGUGAAAUGCUAGAGCUGGGGCAUGUCGUGACAUUCCUUGAGCUGUGCUUUGAAAGGCAGCUUGGACAAGCCAAUUAAGCCUUUAAAAGAUGGAUGCAGUAGGAAAGAUCAUUUAACACCGUUCUUUGUGUCCUGCACUGUCAAACUUGAAUGAGCCAAAGCUGUGGUAACACAUUAUAACUUAAGAUAGACCUAGAAUUUGGUUCUCCAAUGGAUUGUUCCUUUCAGUACUCUUGGAGAUUUUAGAUGAAAUCCAGAUCAGGAUUCUACUGAAGGGUUCCGCCAUUAGUCUUUAUAUCUUAAGUUGAAUAUAUUUUAUUACUCUGUUUGCACAAGUUCCUUUCUCAUAUACCUCAUAGGUUUUAAAUUCCUAAGUGCUGUUUUCCCCCACUUUGCUUCAGUAGAUCUUAUGGAAACACUUUACAGUAAGGUUAAAUUCAUUAACAUUGGUAAAUUAAUUUGGUGUCAUUAACUAGCACUUAUUAAUCUUGGUUAAUGUUAUAUUUUACAUUUAAGAUUGCAUAAAUUAACAGUAUGUAUUAUGAAUGAACGUGAAUUAAUAAGUAACAAUAGCAUUUUUAUGAACAAUUAAUGUUGACUUGGAUUCAUAAAAAACUGUUUAUGGUGCCUAAUGCAUUAACUGAUGUUAACAAAUCAAACUUUAGUGUAAAGCGUUUCUGGUAUUAUUUUGGAUGUGGAGCGGUAGUUUGAAUGAUUCAAGCUAAAAUAAGACCAAGCGACAUGCCAAAGUUGUGGUCUUGUAAUGCUGAAUAGGACCUAGAAGGGAUAUUAUUUAAUUUUUGCAGUUUGCUAAUGGGCACAUAGAAUGUCCCGAGUGUGAGGAGAGCACUCGCCGUAGUUGUGCAAAUGAGCCACAGUUUCACUCUGAAAGGUUUUUAAUGGAUUCAUCUGAAUGUCAGUGUGUGCUUGUGCUUUGACAUCGCUUCAGUCCUCCCAUUUUUUUUUUUUUUAUAUAUAAAUAUGAUUUGUAUUUAGGAGGUGAAGGGGGACAAAACCUUCUGAGCUGCCUUUUAUUUGCUUUUAUGAUCUGAAAUCACAAAGCCUUUGUUUUUAUUCGCCUUUUUCCCAAAAGAGCUACAACUAUCCUUAACCAAAUAUUUCUUCCGUUUCAUUAAAUGUCACUUGAUACCACGUGAACUAGUUGUUUGGCCAAAUGUGAUUCCACUGACAGGGUUUUAAAGGAGGUUUUGGUCUUAAGGCUCUUUGGAGCUUUGAGCCUUCAGAUUCUCCUUGCAGUGAUAGUGAUCUUUUACAGAGAUUCAAAAUAAUGUAAGAUCUUUGGUAAGUUAUUAGGGUGGAUUAUAUACACCCUUUUAUUAUUUGCAGUUUGACUGAUGUUUGCUAUGCUUUCACUGUUUUCACUCAUUUUCUCUUUCUGUUAUAUUUUCCACUGUGGGAGAGGAUUAUAUGUGUACAUAAAGUUUUAUUUUAAAAAGAAGAGUAAGUGUGGAUGCAUAUUGAAAAUAAAAUAAACUAUGGCA